AGCAUUAUGUGGGAUAUCCGAUGCUGAAUCUUAUCUAUCCUCUAUCUUUCCUGUACAGAUUCUUAAAACACGCAUCAGCAUGUAACGCUCUGAAAACAGGGGAAUGAAGGGUUAAAGGGUUAAACUCUGGACGGAUAGGGUGGAGCUGGACUUUAAUAUCACAUCUGGGACUGAGCCUUCAAUUACAAUGGAGACCAUGUUAUGCAACGAGAACAGAGAGGAAGGAAAAUAUUUGGCUUGUCUGGGAAAAAUUACAGCAGGACAAGAGAAAAGUGUCAGAAAUACAGCAGAGAAACCAGCAGUGAUCAGCAUGUCAGUUGAUGCAGACAAGAUGGAUUUACCUUCUCGACCAGAAGUGUUUGAUUUCCAUGGAGUCUCAAUGACCCACUAUUUCACAGACAACUGGGAGAACAUCCAAAACUUUCAGGCCAGGCCAGACGAUAUACUUAUCGCAACAUACCCCAAAGCAGGAACCACCUGGGUCUCCUACAUCCUUGACCUGUUGUAUUUUGGUCAGACAUCUCCAGAGCGUCAGACAUCCAUCCCAAUUUAUAACAGAGUGCCGUUCUUGGAGAUCACCAUCCCUUCUUUGGAUUCAGGAAAAGACCUGGUGGACAAGCUCCCCACCUCUCCUCGCCUCAUUAAAACCCAUUUUCCAGUCCAGUUUGUGCCAAAGUCCUUUUGGGAGCAAAACUGCAGGAUAGUCUACGUGGCCCGCAAUGCCAAAGACAACGUGGUCUCUUAUUUUCACUUUGAUCGCAUGAACAUGGUGCAGCCAGAGCCUGGAGACUGGAGCAGCUACCUCCACAGAUUCAUGGAGGGAAAGAUGGUGUUUGGAUCCUGGUAUGACCACGUGAACGGCUGGUGGAAGAAGAAGCAGACUUAUUCAAAACUCCAUUACAUGUUCUACGAAGAUCUGAUUGAGGAUACUGGACGGGAAAUAGACAAACUCUGUUGCUUUCUUGGUUUGUCUCCUUCAGUCGAGGAGAAGAAAAGAAUUACAGGCGGAGUGCAGUUUGAUAAUAUGAAAAAGAACAACAUGGCCAACUAUUCUACGCUCCCAGUUAUGGAUUUCAAAAUUUCUCCUUUCAUGAGAAAAGGGAAGGUUGGUGACUGGAAGAACCAUUUCACUGUGGCCCAGAGUGAACAGUUUGAUGAAGACUACAAGAAAAAGAUGAAGGACCCCACACUUCAAUUCCGCACUGAAAUUUGAACAUGACUGGACAUGGCUGUGUAUAUGUGGCGAUGGGUCCAUGACUGGCUGGACAUGUGGCAUUUCUGUGAAAAAAUGUGACAGCAAAGGUGGGGAGUGUGUCUUCAUGCUAAUUUCAUAUGAAUUAAGGCCGUGAACUAGCACAUGAAGCACAAUGUCUUCAUGUCACCUUCAUGUCUAAAGGUGAAUAUGUCUUUCAUAUCGACAAUACAUGUGUAGAAAACUGAAAAAUUAACCAAUAAUGUAAUUAAGCAAAAAACCUUAAUGAUGUAGGCUUUAAGUUAGUUAGUUAUGUGUAAUUUAAGAGCAGCUGUAUGACUACACCAUUUACACGGAUUAGUGUGAUCAGUAAAAUUAUAUAUAUUUGCAAUAAAACAAUAAGCUCAUUCA